GCACCCUGCCGGAUCCGCGCUCGCUUCCAGUCCCUAAAGGAGGGGGCGGGGGAGCUUCCAUCUCCCACUGACCGUUAGCCCUUCAGCCAGUGCCUUAGUAGAGCUUCCCUUGCCGCCCUUCCUCUCCCCUCCUCCCCGAUCCAGGUCCCAACACCCUAGCUCCGAGCCGGGGAGGGGGGGAGGAGUCCUCCAGCGCGACGUCCAGGGCCCUCCUUCUGGCCUAGAGUAGGUCCGCCCCAGGGGCGUGAGGAGGGGGCGGGGUUGAGGACUCGGGGACUUCGGACUCCCGCCCCUAAACUGCCUUUGCCGGAGCCAAGCAGGCAGCCUAGUCUGGCCGGGAGCAAGCCAUGACCGCGCUGCGGGGCCUCUGGCCCGAGGUGCAGGACAGCUGCACCUCGCUGGGGCUUAUGCUGUUGCUCGUGUUGUUCAUGGGGCUGGCCCGCGUGGUCACCCGGCAGCAGCUGCACAGGUUCACGCUGACCCACACCUUCGUCUUGGAGUUUCUGGCCACCUUCCAACUCUGCUGCUGCACUCAUGAGCUGCAACUGCUGGGCGAGCAGGAACCCGCGCACCCCACCUGGCCACUGACGCUAGUCUACUUCUUCUCAUUGGUGCAUGGUCUGACUCUGGUGGGCACCUCUAGCAACCCGUGUGGCGUGAUGAUGCAGAUGUUGCUGGGGGGAAUGUCCCCCGAGACCGGUGCGGUUAGACUGCUGGCUCAGCUGUUUGGUGCCCUGUGCAGCAGGUACUGCGUAAGCGCCCUGUGGAGCCUGGGGCUGACCAAGUAUCACCUCGGCGAAAGGAGCUUCGCUUGCAGGAAUCCCAUUCAAGUGGACUUGCCCAAAGCGAUCAUCACGGAGGCCAUCUGCUCCUUUAUUUUCCACAGCGCCUUGCUGCACUUCCAGGAGGUCCGAACCAAGCUUCGUAUCCACCUGCUGGCAGCAAUCAUCACCUUUUUGGUCUAUGCAGGAGGAAGUCUAACAGGAGCUGUAUUUAAUCCAGCUUUGGCACUUUCACUACAUUUCAAGUGUUUUGAUGAAGCAUUCCUUCGAUUUUUUAUAGUAUAUUGGCUCGCUCCUUCUUUAGGUAUAUUGUUGAUGGUUUUGAUGUUCAGCUUUUUCCUUCCAUGGCUGUAUAACAACCAUACAAUUAAUAAAAAGGAAUAACUAUUCCAAAAGACUCAGACUAAGUUACAGGACAGUCAAGCUGGAGGUGAUGAAAGAUAUUAUCACUUCAUAUUCAACAUCCUGGCUGCACUGGACUCAUCAAUGUUUAGCUUCCUCUGAGGAGGCUGCCUUACAGUUUUCAUCACUGGAACUUAAAGAAAAAAUUACUGUGAAAAGGAGAUAUCCUGUGUUUCUCAGUUAAGACUUGUUCUUUUGAGUGUGUAUGAAAUACUGCUAGAAAAGACUCAUUCCAUUAAAUAUAAAUCUCAAGUGAUAA